AUGAAGAAAGUCGUAUUAUUUAAAAGUGUGUCAGAGGACUACAAAAAAGUCUUUAAUGAGAACAACUAUGAGGCUAUAUUUGUUGAACCUUUGCAAUUUGAGUAUAUGAAUUUAAAUCAAUUGGGAGACAAAUUAGCAGAAAGUGAAUAUAAGGGUAUGAUACUUACGAGCCCCAGAGCUGUUGAGGCAGUUUCUAAAUGUUGGUCGCCUUCCAAGUUCGUUACGUGGAGCACCAAAAGAGUGUACACUGUAGGCGAAGUCAGCAACAACAAGAUAAAGUUACUCCUUGGCUUAGAGGCUCUCGGCACCACAACAGGAAAUGCAGAAAAUUUAGCCAAUCUCAUAGCUAAUGAGAACUGUGAAAACGAGAAAUUUCUAUUCCCAUGCGGCAACUUAAGAUCAGAGAUUUUACCUAACAUACUUGAAUCUAAAGGUAUAACGGUUGACCCUGUGACGGUCUAUGAAACAAAAGAAAAUGAAAACUUAAAAAGUAAUCUACUGGAGCUCAACGACACCAUGAACCCAUGUUGUAUGGUGUUUUUCAGUCCAUCAGGUUGUGAAUACAUUUAUCGCCAAUUACAAACAUUCAACAACAACCUUUCAAAUCUUCCACACUUUGCUAUCGGCAAUUCAACUGCACACAAAAUUGAAAAUCUCGGUGUAGAGAUAGCUGGUGUAGCAGAAAAACCCAAAGCAGAAAGUGUCAUAGAAUCUGUUCAACAAUAUUUUAGGACUCAUGAGCUGUGCCAGUAG